AUCAAUAUGGCUCCAGUCUCUGGUCGUCCGCCUGAACUGACUAAAUGAGUUUUAGACUUUUUCAUCGCCGGAAUAUCGCUGAACGACCCCGCUGAACAAGAAAGGCUGCCUUCCCCUCGCUACGUAAGUAACCAUUUCUUGUUUGACACAUCGGUGUUUUCUCUCGCAUGAUAUUUCAUUGCUCCGCUUUGAGACACGCGGUUAACAAUAGCCUCGAACAAGGAAUUAAGAUUUAACUCAUUAGCUUUUACUAUUUUUAUCAUCCAAUCACAGGUCGGAGCCAUUCCUGUAGUUAGUCGCUUGUGCCGGAGAGUAAUGUGAACACAUUACUAUACUAAAAUGGUUUGUUAGUCGUUUUAGUUCUCAGCGGCAGAAUUUCGUCAAAAUUGGUGUUUUUUGCCGUACGUGGUAGGUAAUUUUACAAUAUGUUUUAACCAAGAGUUUCAUUCAACUACAUAUGUCUAACCCAAGGUAUCUUUCUGGAUUGGAAUGUAAGAAAUGGUAUGGUACUGUGUGUUAACUAACUUUGUAGCUACAAUUUUCAAUAGUUUGUCUGAGUAUGUUAGGGUAGCUGAGUGAGGCUGUUAAGUUACAAUGUUUUACCUUUUUUUUAUCUUCAACGAGGUCAUAACAUGAAGCAAUUUUGUCUUCAUUCUUUAACUCCCAAGAUCUGUUUGCUAAUUCUCCCCUCUAGUUUCUAGAUGUUUCCUUGCACCUUUGUUACAGGAAUUUGUUGUUAGAUCAAGAUAACGACUUACUCUUUUAUUGGAUAUUGUAGAAAUAAUUUAGGGAGAAGUUACAUGUAAAUCACAUCUGGGGGUUUAAGGGUUAAACAGUGUGAUGUGAUGCACUGCUACCUAAAUUUCACUGAAGUUCAAAAUAUCCAGAACUUUAGCAUUCCCUACAAAUUUAUUCAAACUGCAGCUUACUAAUUCUGCAGAGCAGUUGCAAUAUGCAACUCUAAUGGUUAUUUCACAAUUUUGACAAGUACUAGUUAAUCUUUCAUUUACUCAGACUGAAGGGAAAAGGAAAUUGUUCAUUAACUUGAAAGGUGAUUGAUAAAGAAACCUUGAGACUUCACCUUACCCAGACUAUUUUUUCUACAAGCCUGGUGUAACCAACAUGCCAGCAGUAAAUUUUAGAUGGGUUUAAUUUCCUGAUGACUGGACUGAACUCUUCUAUCUACAUGCCAUUUCCAGUGGUUUCUAAGCAAAGUAUUACGAACAUAAUACAUCAAGAACGGAAUGACUAAUUAUGAGAUUGGAAAUAACAUAAGAAAUACAAAUAACAAGAAUUAUGUAUAACAUAGGUAAUACUAAUAAUAUAGGAAACAUGGGUCACUUGACAAAAGAGCAAUUUAGCUGACGAUUUUGGAAUAUAUGGCUGGGAUAACAAGGUACUGGCAAGUACCUUUUAACUCAAGCUCACACCUUUUUUAUUUGCAUGAUCUGCGCAAAAGUCAAACUUAUAUGGCUAGCUGUGUGGACUGGGGCUAGGGGGGGAUUGAUUUCUACACCUGGUGUCUUCUCUUGAUUUUCUGAGCUGGAAGAAAAUGUCUUGUACGAAAAUUGUGCUCAAUGGAACGACACCCCCCUUGAUCUUAUCCAGUUGUUAUUGUUAGUUCCAAAGAAGUGAAUUUAUCUCACAUUUGUGCGAAUAAAAAUAUGUUAUUGUUAAUUUGCAGAGUUUAUCAAGCAGUGAAGAUGAUGACAUUGCCUGAAAACAAAAACCAAAAGAAAAUCAGAAGAGGAAGAAGAAAGGAAAAAACUUUAUUGACUCAGGUAAUGUCUUAGGGUGAACACUAACAGUUUCAAAAGGAACAGAUGUUGAGACUCUACACAAACUAUUACACCUCUGUUUUUGUUUUAAUGGUGUACUGUGCUGCACAGUGUCCUUGUCAAUUCAAAAUGCGAUUUGCAUUAUUACGAAAACAUGAUGUAAAAAGAUUCACAUAAUGAUGUGUACAACAUCACAAUGAUGUCCUGACCCUAGUUCUAAAUUAAUCUUACAUCUCUGUUAGAUUCUGAUGAGGAUCCUCUUCCUCCAAAAAUCAGGUAUGUGAUUUGUUUUUUCAAUUUUGUUCCAUUUUAUACAGUUAUAAUUAACCUAUGACCCUAAUAACACCACUGAGUCAAGAGUCAAGGAAAUGAUCACCAACUAUAAAAGCUCUUGAUUAUUAAACAAAUUCUCCUUGUCAGCACCUUGGAAAAUGCAUAGAGAACCCUCUGUAUGGAGAAUAUUGUCUCUGAUGUCAGGUUGUAUUCAGAACUUGGUUCUCUUUCACUCAUCUCUGUUUCAGAAAAGCUACAUCAGUAAAGAAGGAGGACAGUUCAAAAGCUAAUAAAAGUAGAAGAGCAAUCAGCUUGGACUCAGGUAAGGAAAUUAUGUCUACUUAUUGAGGGUACCCGAUACUUUUUACACGAGAGGUGAUGUGGAGACUUUAUCUUAACGGGAAUUGUGAUAUCAUCUUUUUCGAAUAAUUAUGUAUAUUUUUAAUAUUUUAUGGGAUUAACAGUUUUAUUAACAGGUUAGAAAGAGAUAAAAUAUGAAUUUGGUUUAAUUUUUUUUCUUUGGUUUUAUUUUUUUUUUCUUCAAAAUGUGAUCGUUUUGAAUUUCAUGUGAAUGUGAAAACAUUUUGGAUACUUUUCAUGAUGAAUAAGAUGGCCAAAUAUUUUUAUGUGACUGAGUUCGACACAAGGGUUUUAGCAGACUCUGCUUAUUGAUGGGGUGGGAGGGCUGGAUAGGGAAAUAUUUAAUGUGAGGUGAGCUUGAGGUACAGUAGGAUGAUGUCAGUUUUUUUAACAUCACACAUGACCUUUAACAUUGCUUAUGUAUUAGCUUGCCAAAGAAAACAAAUCCAUCUGCUUCAUUCAAGGUUCAGCGCACUUACCAUUAGACCACUCUGCUUUUAAUAGAAUUUGAAUAUUAUAGCACUUGAGUUAUAUUUUGAUGUGGUUUCUACAGAUGAGGAAGAAGUUGUGCCCAGUAAAUUAAAAAGUCUGCAAAACAGACAGACAAUGCAGCUUGUAAAGAGGUCCAGCAAGUUAAAGAGAGGUAUCAUCCAUCAUUCUCUUUCAUUAUAGUUGACAUUUCAGUACCAAACCAUGGUGUUUAGAAAAUAAGAUAUUGCUGUGGAGAAUCAUCUGGCUUCUUCUAAAAUUAUCCAGCCAAAUUUUGUUUGUCUGUUUGUUUGUUUUUUUCUUUCUUCCAUCAAGCAUCAAGAAUGUUAAACCUGUCUUAGGACACUGCUCAUAUGCUAAUACAUUUAACCCUUUGACUGCAAAGAGUGACCAGCAUCUAAUAAUUAUUUCUCUUUACAAUAUUCCCCCUGAAUCAAACAUUAAUAUGCAUUUAUCGCUUUUUUUUCAUUGAAAUUAGGUUAUUUAAAUGGUCUUCUUUCACUGGAGCUUCUUUUUGGUGAAAGAUGAUUUAUAAAAAUUUACUGUGGAUUGUGUUUGCUUUUCUUGUUUCUCUAAAAUUUUAACAAUUGGAUUGGCAUUUGUUACACACAGGUGUCAAGGUGAAGGUCACAAGAAUAGAGGAAAUGAUCACCAACUAAGCUCUUGAUUGUUAAUCAAAUUCUCUUUGUCAGUACCCUAGGAAAUGUAUAGAGAACAGUAUGGAGAAUAUGCAUACUGAGUUGUUAAGGGUGAAAAAUGAAAAACAAACAAACAAACAACAGCAACAUAAUAAAGACAGUGUCACACAGUCAUCAAGGGUGAAUUUAACACAGUGUUGUUGUGUUACUAAAAUAUUUAACACAUGGAGUGUUAUUCUUGCUUCAGUCCAAUCAAACCUAAAGAGAAAAAAGCAACUUCUGCACUUGAUUUCUUUGGUUCUACUCCAGUUGAAAGGGAAUCCAGGAAAACAUUUGCCAAUAAAGGAAAACAGGUGAAUGACUAACCACACUUUUUCCACCCAGAAUUUUUUUGUUAAGAAAAAAUCAGGCAUCCUGUGUAUUUUAAACAGUUCUUCAUGCAUCAUGCAUUUAACAAGGAAAACUUUAAAACUCACCAUACCUUGCCUUUCUAUAAAAUUCAUGCAUCACAUAUUAAUUUUGGGCUUAAUCAUGCUUCCCUUGUAAACCCUCUGCCAAUCUCUUAUACUAACAGUAGUUAUACUGUUAUACUACAGUUAACACAUACCAUGCCACAAAAUUAAUGGGUAAUGACCAGUGUUUGAGUCAUGCAUUAUUUAAUCAUAUUCAAGAAACUUUGUGGAUGGGGAGAGGAGAUGUUGAAGAAUAGUUUUGGCAAAAAGAACAGCGUGGGCCCCGUUAAAGGGAUAAGUCCUUUUGCUCCUAAGAUAUUUAAAUCAACUGUCUUUACUGUCUGUCACACAAGUGUUAUGAAAAUAUCGUUGAGAACAUGUUGUUCAAGCAAUAAAUAUCCUCUUGUGUGAGGACUUUCUUUCUUCUGAUAUUAUAUUGCUGCCUGACUGUGAAUUGGUAUUGUUAUGAGAAAUUAGAAAAUUGAUCACUCUUGAGAGUGCAAAUUUUAAGCUUGACCCAGAGCUCGACCCACUUAAUGAUCAUCCCUUAGUUCCUUGCAGAACAAUCUAUAAUUUUUUAUCCUUUUUCAUUUCCCACAGAGAUCUGACAAGUCUGAAGAAAAUGAAGACUCCAAAGUGAAUAGAAAAGAAGAGUAUAAAAAUGGGAGAGAAAAAGAAGGAAGAGAAAAUGGGAAUGUCAACCAUCAAACAACAGAGCAACCAUCAAAGAAAAGAAAGGAAGACUUCUCAGAAUCAAAGUCUGAGGUUAAAAAGCCUUCCCCUGAGAAGAAAAAGGUUUGUAAGCCUUUUGAUUACCAUGUACACUUUAUUGUUACAAAAUUAAUUAUUACUAUUAAUCCUUAAUUGAACCUGCUACCAUGAUACUAGAAUGGAUCGGAUCUGAUAUGAUAGCAUGUGUAUGGUAUGUUGUUUAGGCAACUUGUCAUUAAGCACUUGAAUAAGGUACUUGUAGAUGAACCAGUAACAUUUUAUGACUAAAUUUGGCUUUGUAUAGGAUCCAAAAGCUCACUCAAAUUUGUUAACUGGUGGUACAUGUUGUAUCCUACUAUGACAGUAGAUGGUUUUUACUCAGAUGCACAUUACUAACAAUACUUGGAACAAAACAUUACUUACAAUUAUACUAACACUACACAAAAUACUACCAUUACUGUACCUAGAAUCUAUACAAAAACAGUAACAAUAGUGACAAAACUUUUAGGUACAUUCUUGGUGAUUUUAACUUUGACAAUCUGGGAAGAUAUUACCACUUUGUCUCCAUUUUUCAAAGCAGCAGUGUCUUUCACUAUCAACAUUUCUUUUUGGACAACUCUUGCCUCAAUUGGACAACUAUUACCUGUUAGAAUGUUUGAUAUACAUAUAACAUUUGUUCACUUCAAAUUUUAUCCAUGGACUCUUUAGGAAGUACCAAAGACAACUCCUGCUAGCAAACUGGCUGUCAAAGCUGCCACAGUUCCAGAAACUCCAUUUAGAGACUCAAAACCAAGUGCAAAGAAAACUGUUACUCCCGAAAAAGAAUAAAAAGAUGUUAGUAAGGAAACUCCAACCCAAGGAACACCAAAGGUGUCAAAAUCAGAGGAAGUGGUUGAAGUUCCACCCUCAUUGGAAAAGAAAAAUCUGGCCUCCGUAGUUUUAUGGCGAGAGAUGGUCCUAGGGCACUUGGUUCAAAGGAAAUCCCUCAGGUAGGUUUCAAAGACCAAGAUCUGAUUGUUAAUUCUCCCCUCUAGCUGCUACACAUUUUUCUGUAAAUAACGAGAAUUUGUUGUUAGAUCAUUAAUAACAACUACGUGUACUUGAUAAGUUUUAGUGUUCUCAUUACCUGUUUGCUGGAUAAUCUAUGGAUAUUCUAGAGAGAAGUUACAUGUUAAUUUCUUCCAGUAGUUAAAUUAUUAUUAUCUCUCAAAAGCUCUUUGCGGUUUGUUUUCCAUCCUUUCAAAUUUUAAUGAGAGAUGCAAGACAAAGGAAAAUGAAGAUUACUAGAAUUAAAGCUGGUUUGGAAAAUCUGCAGAUACAGUUUACUGGAAAAAUUGUAAAAUGCAUGCUUUGAUUAAACAAAAAAAUGUAUUUUAUCCUUUUACCAUCAGUUGAUGUUCAAAUGUUGGUUCAAUGUCAUGCAGUAUCUGAGAAACUGCACACCUACCCCUCCCCUAAUACAACAUUAACCCUUACUUGUUAGCGGUUGACGGUUGUUGGGUUAGGGGGAGAGUUAAUUAUUUGUCUGCUCAUCUUGAAUUAUGCAUACACUUGAUAAUUUAGUUUUUAGGAAGCAGACAACUGUUUGGAUGGACUGACAUUUGUUAUUAUGGGAAUCUUGGAAAGUAUUGAGAGAGAGGAGGCAGCAGAUUUGAUUCAAAGAUAUGCUGGAAAAGUUACCCACUCAGUGAGCAAGAAAAAGAGUUAUAUUGUCAUGGGAUGGGAUCCUGGAGAGAGCAAACUUUCCAAGGUACAUUGUAAUGUACAGCUCAAAAGAGGAUAAAAAAAAGAACUGUGAACAUAAACAUGUAAGCUGCACCUUUUCCCCUAAUUUUUAUAACAAAUCCGCGUGCGGCUUACAGCUAAAACACCUGGGAAACUUGCCACAAAUUUGCAUAAAUUAACACAAUUCAUUGACAAUAUGUAACUCUGUAGAGCAAAGUAACAAGAACUGAAAAAUUUACCAUGGUAGAAAUUUAUCAUUUUCUUUUUGUUGUUGGUUUCUAAAAGAGUUUUUUUUUUCCAUGAGCAUAAACUUAUAUUUCUUGCUGUGGAGUUCAUUAAAUGUUUCUUUGUUGAGAAACCUUGUUAACUGGUGUAAGGUCGUCUUUCCUUCCUUGAAUAGCUAAACAUUACUUGGCUAGAAACCUAUGGUUCCUUUGGUUUUGUUGUUGUUGUUGUUUUUUUGUUUCUUUUUUUUUUUUUUACUUUGGUGCUUAUCUGUUAGGCUAAGCAAUGUGGAACAUCACAAAUAGAUGAAGAUGGUCUAUUUGAGCUUGUCAGAACAAAACCAGGCAAAAAGACCAGCUAUGAAUCACCAAGUGUGGAGAAGAAGACAAAGAAGAAGGAGAAAACUGAACCAAUGGAGUCCUUCGGCCAGGAAAAAGAUCAGUUUGAAGGUGAUUUGUCACAACUGAGUGAAAGAUGUGUCAUCUCUAACAACACAAACACCAUCAUCAUCACCUGCACUGAAAGCUGGGUGUUUCAAACCUUUCUAACAAUUAGCAUAAGAGUAUGACUUCACUAAAAAUUUAAUUCACACUUCAGCUGUAUGCCUUAAAUUAUUUCCUUACCAGUAAGCAUCCUACAUGUACUGUGCGAUGAUUACACUUAGUGAAUAUAAUUUCUCCUGUGUGCAUCCCGGUACUGUACAUAACUUUGUAUUAAAAUUACUGAUAACAUAAAAAUACAUGCAUAUGUAUGUGAUAUACAUGUACCAGUAAAAUGUCAUAGGAGCCAUAGGUUACUGUGCAACUGAGAACAUAAUUUGUUCUUCCUCAUUUCCCUUCUUCCAUCUACUUAAUUUACAGUGUCACUCAGUUUGUCUGUCUGUCUGUUUGUCUGUCUGUCUGUCUGCUCUUUUGUGUAUGUUCAUUCUUCCAAUUACUGUCUUUCUAUCUGUCACUUAUUCUCCUUGUUCUCCUCUGUCCAGUCACCCACCUGUCAGUUUUACCACUACUCUAAAUUCCACCUUUAGGUUCAUCUGUUGGAUCAUUUUACUGUACUUCCACCUGUAGACUUGUUUGUGUUACUUAAAUUGAGUUACGAGAAAAUACAGUUUUUUUGUUUUUUGUUGCUUUAUUUUUUUAAAUCUACAUAAGAUUUUGACAGUAAAAGUAAUUUUUUUUGUGUGUGUGUAGGAGAACCAAGUCUGUUAUGGGUUGACAAAUAUCAACCUUGCGCAUUGAAGCAGAUUAUUGGUCAGCAAGGUGAUAAGAGCAAAAUGAGAAAGCUGAUGAACUGGCUGAGAGGUUGGGAAAGGAAUAGAAAGAAACCAGCCUCUAAAUGUGAGUACAUGUGUAUUUGAUUGUCAAAAUGCUUUUCCCUCAAAUACAUGUGCAUGUAACUUCUCUUCAGGCAAGUAUGCAAACGGUUCGGGCAAACUGUCAGAGAAAGCAGAUGAAAAAGUUUGGGUUGUAACCAGAUAGGGGAACCAUUUUAGUGGGGGAGUAGCAAUUCUCCUAGUAACCUGAUGCUACUGAAAUUAAUUUAAGCUUUGGCAAGAUUAGUCCUCUGGCUCUUGUGCUGACUUUACCUUUGACCCUUUAACUCCCAUAAGUGACCAAGACAGGAUUUCUCCAUACAAUAUCAAUACAAUAUCAAGCAGGCAAGUUAUGAAAAAAAACAUUAAUUAGGGGAUUAUUAGUUGAUACAAUACCAAAUUAUCCAAAUCAUAAGAAUUUGAUGGGAGACAGUAAGAAGUACUAGGGAGCUAUGUGGAGUAAAAGGGUUCAGUGGAUGAACCUAACCUUAAUCUACAGAUAUUUUACAGAAGACCUUAAAUUGAGUUGUGAUGCAAAUGUUGUCUAGCUGUAGGCUGAAUACCUUUCACUCUGAAUCCAGAUUGUUUCUUAAUUCCCACAUUCAGAGAUAAAUUUUUUUAAAGAGCUGUAACUUAUGAACUUUGAUGAAUUUAUUUCACUCGACAGUCACUUAUACAUGUAGUUCGUAUGUUAGUAAUGGUUAUUAUUUUUAUUUUGUACAGCUUCCUUUUUCAACAAAGACCAAGAUGGGUCGUCCUUUAAGGCAGCUCUUCUGUUCGGUUCCACAGGAGUUGGUAAAACCCCAUCAGCGACACUGGUUUGUGAAGAGCUUGGUUUUAUGUACAUUGAAAUGAAUGCCAGUGACACACGGAGCAAAAAGACCUUGGAAGAACACAUUUCUCAGUCACUGAACAUUAAAACCAUGGAUGGCCUUCUGACAGGUUGUCCAAUUUCUGUAAGAUUUGGAAUGACUUUGAUAUUAUUAAAGAUGCUUCAUUCAUUCUCCUGUCUUACUAAACUGAUUUUCCACUGUGGUCAAUUUAUUAUUAUCAACUGAGUUGGUAACGUAAAUUGACCACCGAAAAGAGUACAGCACUUCAUCUAUACAUUGCUACCUAUGCCUGGUUUAUAAGUUAACAUGAAAUUCAGUUGUUAAUGAUUAUCAAUAUAUGCAUUACUGGUACCUGGAAAAGCUCGCCUUUCAGUUGGUACUUGAAAUCAUUAAAAUUUACCUGACUUUUCUUUGCCAAUGAUGAUAAGAACUGCCAGGGUUAUUUAGCACGUUAGUGAGAUCCUUAAAAUAUUGUGCAAAUUGCUAAGCUAAGGAAGGUUUUGUGUUAAAUUCAGGACGGUAUGAGAAUAUAUCACAUGAUGAGAGGCUUAUACUUUUUACAGUUGAUUGACCGAAAAUGCAAUAGACUUUGGUACUGAAUAAGUAGUGAGUUGCCUUUUGUACUUUUAAAGCAGCUACAACAGAUCAAAUAAAAUAUGAAAGUUCGG